AUGUAAAGGGAAAAAAUUUGGAUCAAAUGAAAGAUUGUAAUAAAAUUAUAUUGGCUUGAGGAUGUAAAUGAAAUGUUAGAAAUAAAUAAUUAAUAUGUAGUCAUUAUUUUCUACAUACUAUUUUAUAUUAACUGUGUAUAUUUUUCAUCUAAAACAAUAUGGAUAUAAGAAUUUUAAGGACAAUAUUGCAUAGUUGUGAAGAUGCAGAGAAGAGUAUUGAAAAGACCGAAGAAUACAAAGAUUUUCUAAAUACGGAUGCAUUUGUACCAAGAUCUGAUGUUGUAUUACGUGCCUUGUCUACAUCGUUUUCAAAUCUUCUGUGUUACAAAGUCUCCAAGGAAGCUUACCAACGUUAUUCUGUUCGUCUUCACGUUAUUGAUACAUUGCGUGAAUUAUGCCGCAUAACCGAGAGAUUUCAAUCCCUGCGUAUAUUUAAAGAUGGAGAAACGACGUUAAAAUUUGUAGAGAAUUUAAUGGACAAAUAUCUUCCAGAUGUUUUAAACGAAUGUGCGUCUAGUUACACGUUGACAUCUUUAACCGGAGCAUUGAUGUGUCUUGCAAAAUAUAAUACUCGCUUUAUAUAUUAUAUCGAAAAAAUAAUCACUAAACUUUCUUAUUUGGAUUAUACUAAUGAAAGUGAAAAGUUAUUAUGUUAUGCCAUACAUGAAAAUGCACAUCUUGGACUUAGUUUAUCCACGAUAGAAAGAAUAUAUUCUUCACAAAGGUAUAAACUAAUAGAAGAAGUGUUACUAGAUAAUUUUAUGUCGACUUGUCUUAAUAUAAAUACGGAAGCCGAUAAGGAUGGCAUAGAGAUCACACAUUCGAUAAAUGAAUUACUUGAAUUCGCAGUCAUAUCUCCGUCCAUUUUUCAAUUAAUAUGCAGCUUUUUAAAAGAAUUGUUUGUACAUUUAGAAUAUGCACCUAUGGUUUUAACAUUUAUACAAGCCACAUUGAAGCGUAUUAUCGCUUAUUGUGAAAAUAAGGAUAAAGAUAUAAUAGAUCUUUAUCCCAAAUACUUGCAUUCAUGCAUUAUUUUACUAAGAAUAGAACCACAUUAUCAUACAUUUAAUUCCAAAGCUUAUGUAUUAGAAAGAAUAACAGAAUUCUAUGAAGAAAAUAGCGAUGAUAUUUUGAUUUUACUCUCACACUUUCCUGGAUGGCUUGCAUUUGUUUCGGAUAAUCUAAUCAAUUUAAUUACAUGAACAAUUUAACAGUUUUAAUAUAUAUAUAUGCAUGUAUGUAUAUAUCUACAUAUGUAUAUAUAUAUAUAUAUAUA